AAUUAUUAAAAUGUUAAAAAUAAUUUUAAGAAACAAUUUCUCAUCGAAUUCUCUGGUUUUGGUGAAGAGAUUGGCAUCAACCAUAUCUAAACCUGAAAUAUCAAAUGCUGUAUAUUGUGCAAGUAGUGUAAAGAAAUUCGAUUUUGAAAAUUUCUUAUGUACACUCCUAAUUAAGGAUGAAGCAUCAAGAAGAAACGCAUUCGCAUUAAGAGCAUUUAAUGUAGAAUUAGCGAGAAUACCAACAAUCGUUUCUGAUAAUAAGAUAGCAUUGAUGCGAUUAAAGUUUUGGGAAGAUGCUGUAACAAAAUUAUUUGACAAAAAAUGUCAAUCUUUGCCAAAACAUCCAGUUGUUGAAGAAUUAGGAUUAGUUUUAAAAGAAUCAAAAAUGACUAAAAGAUAUUUUGAACGAUUAGUAAAUGCAAGGAAGAUAGCAAACUUAAAUUUUAUAAGUAUGAAGCAAAUGGAACAGUAUGCUGAAGAUACAGUUAGUUCAAUUAAUUAUUUAAUACUAGAAACUCUUAAUUGUAAAAACGUUAAUGCUGAUCAUGCAGCAUCACAUCUUGGAAAGGCUCAAGGAAUAUCAAAUCUGUUAAGAUCAGUUUAUCACCAAAAGAAUCCACAGCAUCUACCGAUUCCACAAGAACUGCUCAUUAGACAUGGAAUUUCACAAGAACGAUUUUUUAGGAAUAAAGAAAAUGAUAAAGCAGUCGAGGAUGUUGUUUUUGAUAUUGCAACAUUAGCAAAUCAGCACCUCGAAAAAUCAAUUAAAUUAAUAUCUAAAAUUCCCAAAGAAGGUAAAAUGGCAUUUUUACCUUUAAUAUCCACAAAACGAUUUCUUGAAAAGCUACAAAAAGUUAAUUUCAAUUUAAAUGACAAAAAAUUAAGCAGAAGGGAUAGUUUACUUCCACUUGUACUUUAUUGGAAUAAAAUAAAAGGUCUGUGA